AUGACGAACCUAUUGCUCAUCUCGUUUUUCGUAGCAGUUUCAGCCUCCGCUUGCCUUCAUGAGUUCAAAUAUCUUCAUCCAUCUCUCAUGUUAUCUUGCUUCUCUGCAUUCUUUCUCCUAACCCUAGCAAUUUUUCAUCACUUGAAGAGACAAACAAGCAAAGUAUACUUAGUAGACUUUGCUUGCUACAAGCCAAGUGAUUCUUGUGCUAUCACAAAUGAUAUGUUUGUGGAAACAUUAAAGAGGAUUGGAGCUAUCUCAGAAGAAAACUUGAAACGAAUCAAGAAAAUUGUAGAUAAGUCUGGUUUAGGACCUAAGACGUACCUUCCCCAAGCUAUCAUGCAAAAUAACCCACCAAAAGUAUGUCUAGAUGAGGCAAGGAAGGAGACAGAGACUGUGCUUUUUGGAGCCAUCGAUGAACUUCUGGAGAAAACAUGGGUCCAGCCUAAGGAUAUAGGAAUUCUUGUUGUGACUUGUAGUACGUUUAGUCCCACACCAUCUCUAUGUGACAUGAUUGUGAAUAGAUAUAAACUCAGACACAACAUCUUGUGCUACAAUCUUAGCGGCAUGGGUUGCAGUGCUGGAGUUCUUGCCCUUGAUUUUGCCAAACGCCUCCUCCAGUCACACCCAAACUCAUACGCCAUGGUGCUGAGCACUGAAAAUGCAAACACAGGGAUAUACUUGGGCAACAACCUUUCAAUGCUCCUCGUCAAUUGUCUCUGUCGGAUGGGUGGUUCUGCUUCUCUUCUCUCCAGUCAUCCAUCGGAUCGUCAUCGUUCAAAGUAUCAAAUCAUCCACACACUUCGCACCCACAUGGCUUCUGAUGACAAAAGCUACAAGUGUGUGUUUCAACAAGACGAUGAUCAACAUGAAAUUGGUAUUUCCAUCUCAGAAGAUCUCACGAAUGUUGUUGGUCAGGUCGUCAAGCGUCACAUCACAUCUCUUGCCCCACUGGUCCUUCCUGUCUCAGAAAAACUCAAGUUUCUUGUAACUUUCGUGGGAAGGAAAGUCUUGAGAUUGAAGAUUGAAGCUUAUGCGCUGAACUUGAAGUUGGUUUUUGAUCACUUUUGUAUUCACUCUGGAGGAAGGGCAGUAGUGGAUACAAUGCAGAAGAGUCUUGACCUUCAAGAUUGGGACGUGGAACCUUCAAGAAUGACACUUUAUAGGUUUGGGAAUACAUCUUCGAGUUCAGUUUGGUAUGAAUUGGCUUACUGUGAAGCCAAAGGAAGAAUCAAGAGAGGUGACAAAAUCUGGCAAAUGGCAUUUGGGGCAGGGUUCAUGUGUAACAGUGUAGUAUGGGUUGUUUUAGACGAUGUUGAGGCAGGUUCAACAAAGAAUCCAUGGAGGGAUGAUAUUCAUGAGUUUCCUGCUAAUGAAGCUCCCGUUGGAAUUUUUCCAACCCGUCAAGAGACGAGCUUAUUUUAGUCCGCCCUGCCAACCUGUGACACGUAGCAGGCCAACCCACAAUCUGUGGGCUAGCACGUACUAUCCCCUCUAGUUAUGAAUAUCCUUUGUUAGUGGUAGAAAAUAAGUUCUUAGGUAUAGCGUAUGGGUUGAUGGAUUAUUUGCAUUUUAGAUUUAAAAUCUUGUUCGAAGAUUAAAAUUGUUAGGGCAAUUAGUUUGUCACUAGAAUUAAUUAUCUAAGGUUGUUAUUAGAAUUAGGUUGUUAGGGUAUUUCGUUGUUUUAAAUGUAGGGAAGUUUAUUGUAUUGUUUCUCCCAAUGGUUUCGGAUUUUCUCAUCAUCCUUUAGUUAAGGUUUGAUUUUUGUA